AUGAUGCAAUUUGGGAUGCUGCAAGGCGCAGCCAAGCUGCAGAAAGUUACUGAGCUACUGGCGACUCUCGAAAAGGACUUGAAGGAGGGCACUUUGACAACUCAACAAAGAGUGCAGACUCUCCUAGAGCUACGGCAACAUGGCACAAAUCCCAGAGAUGCUGAUCCUAUAUAUUCCAAGGAUGGCUUAGAAGUUCUGAUGAAAUACGGCGUGGACGGAGAAAUCGCUGAUGUUCGUCGAUCUGCUUUGCGCUGCGUCGCGAAUGCUCUGUUGUUGAACCCGAACAUGGGCCAAGUCUUUGUAGACACUGGGUAUGCUAGUAGGCUUGCAGAGGGUCUCAAGUGUGAUGCAUCAGAUGAUGAAAUGAUGGCCAGUCGCAUUCUAGCUUUCUCUUCAAACAGGACUACAAUGGAUGUAGAGAAGCUCGUUAGCGAACAUGCAUUGGGAACCAACCUCAAUUAUCAAGUGUCCCGACAUGCAGCUCAAUUUCCCGAGUCAGGGAAAGCGGCCCUCUCUCAGAUGGACCAGUUGGCUCUGACUGAUACCCUGAAAUUGAUCUACUUGAUUGUCUCACGCAAUGCUAAAUUGGCUGAAACUUUCUCGCCAUCGCUCCCUCUUAUGUUCACGAUCCUCAGUCGCGCUGAUAUUCCCGCUAAGCCGUUAGAUGAAGUCGUCGGCCAACUAAUCAAUUGUAUUUCGGCACUUGACAAUUCAAGGGGGAAGGUCAAGCAGCUAGAAGACAGCAUUCUCUUCCCAGCAGCUAAUGAAAAUGCAAUCGCUGACAAAUUGAUCAAAAUUCUGGAUAAAACCAUGUCUGCCUACAGCCCAGCUGAACUCGAACCGAGGGCAAUUCCACUCCUCUACACUCUAGCUGUGAUCUGCGAAAGAGCACCAGACGGUCCUCGCGAACACAUGAAGCAGCUUCUGUUGCCCGAAAGUGAGGACCGAAGCCAACCGAUAGGGCAAUCAGACACACUGCCCUCCAAACUGCUGAAAACCACAAAAACGCCAUAUUCACAGUUGAGAAUGCUCAUUUUCGAGCUCAUGUUCGUCCUUUCUGACAGGGAUGCCGAGAUGCUUACAAAGAACAUCGGGUACGGAUAUGCCGCUGGAUUCCUGGCAACUCGUGGCAUAGAAGUUCCCAAGAUGGGUGGAGAGGGAGAGUCAGGUGGACUAAACCCUGAGAUCAACCCGAUUACUGGCCAAAAGUGGUCUGCGGAACCUCAGGAUACGGGGCCACCUAUGACCAGAGAAGAGAAGGAGAGGGAGGCAGAAAGACUCUUUGUGCUUUUUGAGAGGGCUAGGGCAAAUGGGAUCUUAAACGUGGAGAAUCCUGUCCGGCUGGCGCAACAGGAAGGAAGGUUUGAAGAGCUGUCUGAUUCCGAUACCGAAUAA